AUGAAAGUCCUCGAAAACUCCAUGAUCGACCUGGACAUCCUCCCCGGAUCCAGCCAGCAAGAACUCAAGAACCAAGCCAUGGCCCAACUUGGCCAAACCGGCACCCAAGUCCAGCAACAAAUCAAAGAACAAUCCUCCAAUAUCUACGCCCAACUCCCCGAAGAACAGCAGAAAUGGCUACAACAGGGUCUAGAGCAGAUGUCCCCAGAACAAAAGCAGACACUACAAAAUUCCAUCUUGGAGCAGUUGCCGGAACAGCAGCGGGAGCAGGCGCAGUCGUAUCUUGCUUCUGCUGCGGGGGUUGGGAAGAGUGCGCUUGGGACACUUGGGACGGGAGUGAAGGGUGUGGGUGAUACAGUGGGGAACACAGUCGGUGCUUUGGUGGGAGGCUUGGGAAGUACAUUGGGAGGUGUGGCUGGUGGUGCUAAGGAGACUGUUGGCAUGGGAGGCGAUGAUGCUCAGGGUGUGAAGGUUGAAGACUUGGCUGAAGCAAGUAAGGAGCAGAAGGCGGAGUAG